AUGGCCCCCUCCACGCCCGAAGACGCCGCCGCCGCCGCCUCCUCCCUCAACUCCAAGCUGAAGUCCCUCCCCGUGCCGACCCCCCACAUCCCCGAGUCCAAAGACGAGCUCAAGGCCGACGCCGCCGCCGCGACCUCCGGCCUCGCCGCCCAGCUGCGCUCCCUCGCCGCCGGCGGCUUCGGCGGCGUCUGCGCAGUCGUCGUCGGCCACCCCUUCGACCUCGUCAAGGUCCGCCUCCAGACCGCCGACCGCGGCGUCUACUCGGGCGCCAUCGACGUCGUCAAGAAGAGCAUCGCCCGCGAUGGCCUCAGGCGUGGGUUGUACGCCGGCGUCAGCGCGCCCUUGGUCGGUGUCACGCCCAUGUUCGCCGUCUCCUUCUGGGGCUACGACCUAGGCAAAACCCUCGUCCGCACCUCCCCCGACGCGCCCCUCUCCAUCGCCCAGGUCUCCGCCGCAGGCUUCUUCUCCGCCAUCCCCAUGACCGCCAUCACCGCCCCCUUCGAGCGCGUCAAGGUCAUCCUGCAGGUCCAGUCGCAGCGCCUCCAGCCCGGCGAGAAGCCCAAAUACAACGGCGGCCUCGACGUCGUCCGCUCCCUCUACCGCGAGGGCGGCCUGCGCUCCGUCUUCCGCGGCUCCGCCGCCACCCUCGCCCGCGACGGCCCCGGCUCCGCCGCCUACUUCGCCGCCUACGAGUACAUCAAGCGCCGGCUCACCCCCAAGGACCCCGUCUCCGGCAAGCCCUCGGGCGAGCUCAGUUUGUUGGCUAUUACUGCUGCGGGCGCGGCGGCUGGUGUGGCCAUGUGGAUCCCCGUGUUCCCGGUCGAUACCGUCAAGUCGCGCCUGCAGACUGCCGAGGGGAACGUCACGCUCGGCGGCGUGGUGAGGGAGGUGUACGGCCGGGGCGGUGUGAAGGCCUUCUUCCCUGGUUUCGGCCCCGCGCUCGCGAGAGCCGUGCCGGCGAACGCUGCUACGUUUUUGGGUGUUGAGUUGGCGCACCAGGCUAUGAACAAGGCUUUUGGGCACUAG